ACAACCACUCCCGUCUCUGCCUCCUCCCAUAGUCCCAUAUCACCGCUCACUGCCUUCCUGCCGAUCACCUCCAUUGCUUCCCACUGCAUUUCCUGUUCUUGUUCUUGCCAUCCGCAUGUACUUUUCCCCCUGUGUUCCAAUCCUAGAGUGAUCAAUCUUGUUCUCGUGAGAGCCCUGGAUACCACUCCCUCUCUGACCCCUUAGCCAAACCUUGAGAAAAAACCUGUGGAGCAUGUAGAACACACACCAUCUCCAUCCAGAUCCACCCAAAAAACCCACAAAAAAAACAAGUUCCUACACAGUCCCAACAAGUAGAGCUAGCAGAGUUUCGUAUCUACUUAGGCUGGAUUUACCCGCACUGAGUCCUUAGCACAAAAUCUAGAAAAGCCUCCAGAUCAUGUAAUUUCGUCCGUCAUCUCUGCCUGCCACCGAGCCAGAAGAAAAAAACAGCAAAAAAAAGUUGACAGAAAACCCAAUCAUGUAUCGUUAGUACUUGGUAGUAGUAGUAGCCGUCCGUCAGUCGCCGUCCGGCGAUCUUGGACCGGAUCCUCCCGCCAUUGCCGUUGCAUUCAUCGCCGCAAGAACCAUCAAAUCAUGUAAUUAGUGAGCUCCACAUUUCCACUACACCAAGCUAUUUCCGUUUCCACACCAAGCUAGUUCAUCUGAGAAAACAAAACAAAACAAAAUAAAAGAAAGAGGAGGAAGAAGGGAGGGAGCCGUUGUUCCGUGAUGGAGGGAGCGGCGACGCCGAACAUGUCGGCGCCGGCUACGCCGGGCACGCCGGCACCGUUGUUCCCGGGGGCGCGGGUGGACUCGAUGUCGUACGAGCGCAAGUCGUCCAUGUCGGUGCCGCGGUGCAGGUGCCUGCCGGUGGAGGCGUGGAUGUCGUCGCAGCACGCCUGCGUGCUCGAGAUCCCCGCGCCGGACGUCUCGCUCACCCGCAAGCUGGGCGCGGAGUUCGUGGGCACGUUCAUCCUCAUCUUCUUCGCGACGGCUGCGCCGAUCGUGAACCAGAAGUACAACAACGCCAUCUCCCCGUUCGGCAACGCGGCGUGCGCGGGGCUGGCGGUGACGACCAUCAUCCUGUCGACGGGCCACAUCUCGGGCGCGCACCUGAACCCGUCGCUGACCAUCGCGUUCGCGGCGCUGCGCCACUUCCCCUGGCUCCAGGUGCCCGCCUACGUGGCCGUCCAGUCCCUCGCCUCCGUCUGCGCGGGCUUCGCGCUCAAGGGCGUCUUCCACCCGUUCCUCUCCGGCGGGGUCACCGUCCCCGACGCCGCCGUCUCCACCGCACAGGCCUUCUUCACCGAGUUCAUCAUCACUUUUAACCUCCUCUUCGUCGUCACCGCCGUUGCUACUGAUACUCGCGCCGUCGGCGAGCUCGCCGGGAUCGCCGUCGGGGCCGCCGUCACGCUCAACAUACUCAUCGCCGGGCCGACGACGGGAGGGUCGAUGAACCCGGUGAGGACGCUGGGGCCGGCAGUGGCGGCGGGGAACUACAGGCAGCUGUGGAUAUACCUGGUGGCGCCGACGCUGGGCGCGGUGGCCGGGGCAGGCGUGUACACGGCGGUCAAGCUCAGGGACGUCGACGGCGGCGGCGAGGCCCCGCGCCCGCAGCGCAGCUUCCGACGCUGAUCGAUCGGGUCGGAUCGGAUCCCGUAGGUGUGCGGCUGGCUGGUGCAUGACGCUACCGGCCGAUCAGGUAUUAUCGUUACGAUUUCUAUGUUUCCAUGCACGGGGCACACUGGUCGUGACGUCCUACUGCUUCGUUUGUGAUGUUGUAAUAAACGCCGUCGUUUCCCUUCGUCCGGAAACGGCGUGAGACUCGUUGUUGCUGUGUGUUUGUUUUGUUUCGUGUUAAACCAGUUCGUGGAGUUAGUUCGGUCGUGUCAGAAUAAAUGUGUACUACGCCGAUGCACCGGCUGACCCGGGCGCAUCUGGCCGUGUGAUACUGCGCAUGUACGUACGCAGGACUCUUUGAUUCAACUAUCCAUGUUUCAAUCUGCCAACUCCGUA